AUGAAGAAGUACAUGUUAGCUGAUCUGAAGCUAGAGAUUCAACCUCGCGAGUCGAAAGUUUACAUUCCCUCCUGGCAUCAACACCCUGAUCUCUCGCAGCUGAAGAAGAGCCUUAAGCGCCGUCUCAAGACUCAACUUCUUCACUUCGAGGUCGUCACUGGCGGGAUUACACUUGGCGGCCUGCCUAUCGGCACGGAUGGAUUUCAUGCUAGUCAGCUCCGAGCGAAGGUCUCUACCCUCAACGAAGAGCUCUCGAAGCUCGGGCUCGUCCAGCAUGGCUUCAUGUUCAAGACGCUGGUGAGGGCGAGCCAUCUCCAGAAGCUGCGCUUCUUCCUCCAGGGGUCAUCUCCGUUUCUCCCGCGGGUCCAAUCACAGAUUCGUCGCUUUGACCUCUCUGUCCACCUGGCGCUUGAGAAAUACCACCGCUGGCCUUCCUCGCAGUACCUCGCCGCGCAUCCCGACCUGCUAGAGUUUGCGAGGUUCAAGCGGGAGCUUCCGCAUAGUCGAGGAGGGGACGAGUUCACGCCCUCUGAGGGUCUACACCCCGCUGUUUACUGGGGCAUAGGAUUUACUGGCAGAAGGCACACAGUCCACAGCGAGAAGCUGCACAAACACACACAAAACACAAGCCCGAAAAGAACCAGCACUGCUGGCACCCAGACGCGGCAGCGCCAGCCCAAGCGCGAAGCCGCGCAGACAAGCAGCCUAAGGGUCAAGCAAUCAGUGUAA